AUGUCCAAGGACUCCCGGGCUACUCCUAAGAUCGUUAGUAGGAUUGGACAGUUGAACAUCCUACCAUUUGGCAACCGCUACAACAAGAUUUCUAUUUUAAAGGAGUAUGUGACCUCAUACUGCAUUUAUAUGGGGAACCAGCUCCACCUAUCCUACAUCCUAAUAUGCAACAUAGUGAUCAACAUAGAAGAUAGAUGGGCACGCAAUCUGUGCAAGGUGAACCUAGAUGAGGAGGCUGUGGGGCAAGAUGAGGUGGACCUUGAUUCUUCUUCUAUCAAGAAGAUGAACGUGAAUCUAGCGGAGGCCUCAGUAGUUGAGGAAGUGGAGGGACAUCAACACCAGGAGCCCAUAGAUGUGCAAGGGAACACUAAGGAUGUGCUUAGUCAGGAGGGUAUUCCUCCACCUAUUCCUAGGGGUACUACACUACCACCAGCGGAUUUACUACAGGUACAACUACGACCCACACUUCAGUACCCACAAGGCCACAACCUUGCCCUAAACCCUAAAAUAUCACAAACAGUCUCCUCUUUCUCUCUCUUUGCUUCCAUGAAUUCUAAGAGCUCAUCACCCUCAAGCCCUUGUCCUCACAGAGCCAAGUUCACUCGUAGAUUUCUUCGAGCCCUCGCAAGAAUAAACAAGGACAGACCCACUUCAUCAUUUCAUCAGGAAAUCUGCAGACGCAGUCGGAGAAUAAAGAUUGCAGCUGAUGCAUCCAUGGCUUCUGCAGUUGGAUCUAAGAGAGCUUGGAGCCGUAUCAUGCUUUGGAGGCUUAGGAAUCGUACAAGAUACAGAGCUUUGAUCUGGUCAUCCAGAGUGAUUUUUUGGAAGAGGAAGAGAAAUGAUAUGGGUAAUAAGCAACGAGUAGAAUUGAGCCGUGCCGAUCGACUCCGGCGACUAGUACCCGGUGGUGAAGCCAUGGAUUUCUGCAACUUGUUGGAUGAAGCUGCUCAUUAUAUAAAGUGUCUCACCACCCAAGUACAGGUCAUGCGAAACAUCGCUGAUUUCUAUUCUACCUGAGCCAGAGAGAGAAAAAGAGAGAAACCCAAAAUGGAAAUAUCAAAUAAACUGACAGAGGUCCGAGGAUGGUAAGUUUCUAGACCCUGAAGAGAUAGUUUGUAAUAGACAUGACUGGCUUUUAUAUACAUACUUAAGAACAUAUAUGAGAACAUUGUCAGCCAUUACAGGUCGACUGUAAAUUAGAGAGGGAAUUACAGUGAGAUAUGUUUGAUGUUUGUGAGAAAGUUUAAUGGAUUUUCUCGUUUGUACAUAUAGAUAACCUGGUUGGUAAUAUACCGUCCUUAUCUUUUGUUGAUU